AAAUAUGAUAUUUUUUAUAAAAAUCAGAUGUAAAAUAGACCGAUCUCCACAUAUCCCAUUCGAUACCAAUAUCGAUACCGUCCCCUGAAUCCUUACUUCCUGGAACUAACUGAUAGUGCACACCUUGACCUGUUCCGAGGACACACGUCUAUCAUAUUUCAUAAUUCAGAUCGACCCUUCGUGCUGUUAAACACUUAUCAAUCCCAUUCACUCUGCGUGGCAACACCAAAUCGUUCUUCUCAACAGUUUACCGUCCUCUCUCUCUCUCUCUCUUCUCUUGUCUUACUUGGCAGGUUCACGGAACUCCAAUGGAUGGCAACACUUCCACCCACCUGCUCAUAUCGACGCAAGAGGAAGCAGAAAAAGGGUCUCAAGUUCGAAAUACUGAAACAGAGGAACCAAAACCAAAAGAGCCAUGGAGAGGAGGAUGCGUGAAAAGCGUUGUGUAUGCGGGUCUCGACGCCAUCGUCACCUGCUUCGCCCUUAUCUCUUCCAUCUCCGCCGGUCGCCUCUCCUCUGUUGAUGUGUUAGUUCUGGGUUUUGCGAAUUUGGUGGCGGAUGGGAUUUCAAUGGGGUUUGGGGAUUUUGUGUCCAGUAGCACGGAGAGGGACAUGGCUGCAAAGGAGAGGAUGGUCACUGAAUGGGAGAUCACUAACCAGCAUGGACGCUCACGGCCACAGGAAGACGACUUAAUCCAGAGAUAUCAAGCGCUUGGGAUGGAACUUCACGAUGCCAUCAGCGUAGUGAAGGUGUUCUCCAAAUACAAGGACAUACUGGUGGACGAGAAGAUGACGGCCGAGAAACGAAUGUUACCACCAGACCAGGCGGAGAAGCCAUGGAAGAAUGGACUCAUCACCUUCGCGGCUUUCCUCAUCUUCGGGAGUUUUCCUCUGCUGUCGUUUAUCAUACUCCUCCCAUUCACUCAGAACGAGACCAUCAAAUUCUGGGUUGCCUGUGCCCUCGCCGCCCUAGCUCUAGCCAUUCUCGGCUUGGCCAAGGCCAAGAUUGCUGGUCAAAAUUAUGCACUCUCCAUUGCUGGCACCCUCUUCAACGGUGCCAUCGCUGCUGGCUCCGCUUACUUCAUAGGCUGGGCUCUCAGGAAACUUGCUGGUGUUCAAGAAUAAAUCUUUCUUCAAUGAAAAAAUCCAUGGAUUUCUGUAAUCUCUGCUUUUUUUGUAUGCAUUAGUGCUAGCUUGAUUCAGAUUUCAAGCAGAGCCCAUUGAGCUCUGUUUAUGCCUGUAAUGGUACUGUUAGAAGCAAGAGUAUUGAGCUCCUCAAGCUCCAUCUGA